AUGGCGUCCGUGGCGGAGCUCAAGGAGAAGCACGCGGCGGCGACGGCCUCGGUCAACUCCCUCCGGGAGCGGCUCCGCCAGCGCCGGCAGACGCUCCUCGACACCGACGUGGAGAAGUACUCCAAGGCGCAGGGGCGGACGGCGGUGAGCUUCAACCCCACGGAUCUGGUCUGCUGCCGCACGCUGCAGGGCCACAGCGGGAAGGUAUAUUCUCUGGAUUGGACUCCUGAGAAGAACUGGAUAGUUAGUGCCUCACAAGAUGGAAGACUAAUUGUAUGGAAUGCUUUAACGAGUCAGAAAACACAUGCCAUAAAGCUACACUGUCCAUGGGUGAUGACAUGUGCUUUUGCACCCAAUGGUCAAUCUGUUGCUUGUGGCGGUCUUGAUAGUGCAUGCUCUAUAUUCAACCUUAGCUCGCAAGCAGACAGAGAUGGGAACAUGCCAGUAUCAAGAGUACUUACUGGACACAAAGGCUAUGUUUCAUCCUGUCAGUAUGUCCCAGACCAGGAAACCCGCUUGAUUACAGGCUCAGGUGACCAAACGUGUGUCCUGUGGGAUGUUACUACUGGCCAGAGGAUAUCAAUCUUUGGAGGUGAAUUUCCAUCAGGGCAUACAGCUGAUGUGUUAAGUCUGUCCAUCAACUCGUUAAACACGAAUAUGUUUAUCUCGGGUUCAUGUGAUACAACUGUAAGGCUAUGGGAUCUCAGGAUUGCAAGUCGGGCAGUUCGGACAUAUCAUGGACAUGAGGGCGACAUUAACAGUGUCAAGUUUUUCCCUGAUGGUCAGAGGUUCGGUACUGGUUCAGAUGAUGGUACAUGCAGAUUAUUUGACAUGAGAACAGGCCAUCAACUUCAAGUGUACAAUCGGGAGCCUGAUAGAAAUGAUAAUGAGCUCCCUAUUGUUACAUCUGUCGCUUUUUCCAUAUCAGGAAGGCUUCUUUUUGCUGGAUACUCUAAUGGUGACUGUUAUGUGUGGGACACGCUUCUUGCCGAGGUAGUGCUUAAUUUGGGAACUCUCCAAAACUCUCAUGAAGGCCGUAUAAGCUGCCUUGGGCUGUCAUCCGAUGGGAGUGCAUUGUGUACAGGAAGCUGGGACAAAAAUUUGAAGAUCUGGGCUUUCAGUGGACACCGCAAGAUAGUCUGA